AUGGUAGUGAAUAUCAGAGUCCUUCUCUUUGGAGAUCAGUCGAAAGACGUAUCUUCCGACCUGCGCGAACUUGUCUCGGUCAAGGACAAUCCAUUGCUCUUGUCAUUCUUCGAAAAAGCAUACAUUACUCUGCGGGAUGAGGUUGCUCGGGAUCCGCGCACGGCGCGUGAUUUGCCUGGUUUCACGAGCGUAGAGAAUCUGCUAUGGAGGUACUCUGAAUCUGGAGUCCGGCACCCAGCAAUCGAGAGUGCUCUGGCAUGCAUCUAUCAGAUUGCCAGUCUGUUAAGAUACUUAGGCGAUGGAUCUGAAGAGUAUCCGAGUGCAGAGAACACUCGACUUGUCGGGUCAUGCACAGGCCUUCUUACGGCCGCAGCAGUCAGCUGCUCUCGCACAUACCUUGACCUUGUCAACAUGUCGGUCGAGAUCCUAAAGAUAGCAUUCCGUGUUGGAGCGCAGGUUGCGGAGGCGGGUGACGAACUUGAGCAAACAUCAACCAACUCGGCCAGCUGGUCUGCAAUCUUUCCCGGUAUUGACAAAGAAGCAGCCUUCAUGGCUCACGAGGACUUCUGCACAACUCAUGGCAUUCCACCAGCAAGCGGGCUAUUUGUGUCAGCAACCAGCUCGAACGCUGUGACCAUUAGCGGUCCACCUCAUAUUCUGGACGAACUCAUCAAAUCCGGAUCCACCAAAUCAAAUCGGCCGGUCCGACUUCCCAUAUAUGGUCCCUACCAUGCUCCACAUUUCUACAACAAUUCCUCUCUGGCUUCGAUUCUAGAGUCCCUUUCACAAGACGCCGAGUCUUCGCGGACACCACGAAUCCCCAUCAUAUCCAACGACGGGCGAGAUGUCUAUCAGGUAUCCAGUGUCGAGCAGCUACUGAAGGAAGUUCUUCAAGACAUUCUCCUCAAACCUUUGAAUUGGGAAAGGAUUUGUGAGAAUUGCGGCUUAAGCCUCCAGGCUGCCGGAGCUGAGCAAGGCCAGGUUGUCCCCAUCGGGGCUAACAACGGCGCAAACAGCAUGGUCAAUGCUUUGAAGCAACAUGGCGAGUUUCAAAUAUCUCUGGAUGAUCGGCGAGGAACAGAGCCGGACAAGUCUGAUGGCUCCAAGAUUGCCAUUGUCGGCAUGUCUGGUCGAUUUCCUGAUGCUGCGAGUCCGAGUGCUUUCUGGGAUCUUCUCAAGCAGGGACUCGAUGUCCACCGAGAGAUCCCUAAGGACCGGUUUGAUGCACAGGCCCAUGUAGAUCCAACCGGGAAACAGAAGAAUACGAGCCAUACGCCCUUUGGAUGCUUCAUCGAGGAUCCAGGUCUCUUCGAUGCGCGAUUCUUCAACAUGAGUCCGAAAGAAGCAACGCAGACCGACCCUAUGCACCGCCUAGCUCUCACAACGGCUUAUGAGGCAUUGGAGAUGUCCGGUUACGUUCCCAACAGAACGCCCUCGACCAUAGUUGAUAGGAUCGGCACGUUCUAUGGGCAAACAUCUGACGACUGGCGUGAAAUCCAGGAUGGACAGAAUAUCCAGACCUAUUUUAUCCCUGGUGGCGUGAGAGCUUUCGCUCCUGGGCGCAUCAACUACCACUUCAAAUUUUCGGGACCGAGUUUUAGUGUCGAUACCGCAUGCUCCUCGAGUCUGGCUGCCAUCAACAUUGCUUGCAACUCGUUGUGGCAAGGUGAUUGUGAUACAGCCGUUGCCGGAGGUCUCAACGUCCUUACAAACCCCGAUAUCUUCGCCGGGCUUUCUCGAGGCCAAUUCUUAUCCAAAACCGGCAACUGUAAGACGUUCGAUGAUCAAGCUGAUGGAUACUGCCGUGGAGAUGGAGUGGGCACCGUGAUUCUAAAGAGACUCGAGGAUGCUGAAGCGGAUAAAGACCCUAUCCUGGCAGUAAUCCUAGGCACCGGAACGAACCAUUCCGCUGAAGCUGUUUCAAUUACACACCCCCAUGCCGGAGCUCAGGAAUACCUUUUCAAGAAGGUGCUCUCUGAGGCUUCCCUUGACCCUCAUGAUGUGAGUUACGUUGAGAUGCACGGAACCGGCACGCAGGCAGGCGAUGGGAUUGAGAUGAAGUCCGUACUUGGAGCAUUCGCGCCUGAAAAUCGGAAGCGAAGACCAGAUCAACCACUUUACCUUGGGUCCGUGAAGUCCAACGUGGGACAUGGCGAGGCUGCUUCAGGUAUCACCGCCCUGGUUAAGAUUCUACUGAUGCUCGACAACAAUCUGAUUCCACCUCAUUGUGGAAUCAAGACCAAGAUAAAUCACACGUUCCCUGAUCUGGAUGCCCGCAACGUUCACAUCUCGUUGGGUGGAUCAACUCCAUGGCAUCGACCGGAAGGGGGAAAACGUUCUUUAUUUCUGAACAAUUUUAGUGCCGCAGGCGGUAAUACAUCCCUCAUCAUGGAAGACGCGCCACUGUCGAUUACCGGAAGUCAAGAAGAUACCCGCUCGACAGCUGUCAUUGCUGUUUCCGGCAAAUGCAAGUCAUCACUCAUCGGCAAUGUGGAGAAUUUGAUCCAGUACCUCUCGAAGAAUCCAUCAACGGAUCUGUCAAAUCUCUCAUACACUACGACAGCUCGGCGUAUUCACUACGCAUACCGCGCUGCCGUUGCUGGCUCCGAUUUGCCCGCGAUCAAGGCAGCUCUGAAGAGAUCAAUCAGUUCCGAAAUAACUUCAGUGUCUUCGUCAAAGCCCCCAGUCGUUUUCGCUUUCACCGGACAAGGGUCUCACUAUUCGGCUAUGGGGAAGACAUUUUUUGACACCAUUUCUCAGUUUAGAUCAGACGUCCAGCGCUUCGAUCUGCUUGUGCAGAGCCAAGGCUUCCCAAGUGUUUUGCCUUUGAUUGACGGAAGUGCCGACAUCGAGACUCUGGGUCCCCUGACUGUACAGCUUGGUGCAGUAUGCGUUCAGAUGGCUCUAGUUCGACUCUGGGAAACUUGGGGCAUCAAGCCAGCUGUAGUCAUCGGUUAUAGUCUUGGCGAAUACGCUGCGCUUUAUGCCGCAGAUGUUCUGUCUAUCAGCGACACUAUCUUUUUGGCCGGAACGAGGGCGAAGCUCCUGGAGACGCAUUGCACAAAGCAUACCCACGCUAUGCUUGCUGUACCAGCCUCAACUUCAGACCUCGAGGGUACGAUCGAUGGAGACACGUUCGAGGUGGCUUGUGUCAACGGACCGAAGGCCACAGUGAUCAGUGGGAAGUCUACAGAUGUCGAUCGCCUUCACGAAGACCUCACUUCUCAGGGCAUGAAGUGCACUAAACUCGAAGUGCCAUUUGCAUUCCACUCGGCCCAAGUUGAACCUGCGCUGCAAGAGUUCGAAGCGGCUGCUGCUGGCGUAACCUUCAACAAUCCAGACGUGCCGGUAAUCUCGCCUCUCUUGAGUAGUGUGGUAACCGACAAUCAAACCUUCAAUGCCCCAUACCUAGCGCGUCAUUGCCGCCGAACGGUCAACUUCCUUGGCGGCCUACACGCUAAGGGAGCUGGGGCCAUUGCCGACAACACUGUGUUCGUCGAGGUUGGCAGUCACCCAGUUUGCAGUGGCAUGAUCAAAGCUACACUAGGCUCAAGCACCACCGCCGUUCCUUCUCUACGGCGAGGCGAGGAUGUCUGGAAAGUAAUCAGCGGCAGCCUUUGCGCUUUGCAUACUGCAGGGCUGGACAUCAACUGGAACAGUUACCACCAAGACUUUUCCGGGUCCUCCAGGACUUUGCGUUUACCGACAUACGCGUGGGACUCCAAGAACUAUUGGAUCGACUACACCAACAACUGGACCCUCACCAAGGGCGAGUUCCUCCGCGUGUCUGAUGCUGAGAAGCAGCAAAAGAAGACGCUUUCAACGACAUCAGUUCAUCGCGUGGUGGAAGAGGAGUUCAAGGGCCAAGAGUGUACUGUUGUUACGGAGACCGAUAUCGCGCGUCCGGAUCUUGAGGAAACGAUCAAAGGGCAUCUUGUCAAUGGCUCUGCGCUAUGCUCUAGCGCCGUCUACGCAGAUAUGGCCCUGACCAUAGCAGACUACAUUCACCGGCAAUUUGAGCCUGAGAACGAAGAUUUUGCGAUGAAUUGCUCGAGCAUGGUGGUCGACAAACCGUUGGUUGCCAAAUGCGGUGACACGCCUCAGCUACUUCGUACGUCUUCCACCGCGGACUUAUCCCGGGAGCUCUGCGAAAUCACUUUCUACAGUGCCAACGCAGAAGGAGAGAAGACGGUCGAACAUGCCAAGUGUAAGGUCCAAUAUGGCGAUGCCACCAGAUGGUCGUCAGAAUGGGCCCGGCAGAGAUACCUCGUCCAGCCUCAGGUUGAUCGUCUUUUACAGGGCGUGGAGAAGGGAAAUUUGAGCAGACUUCGGCGGAAGAUGGCUUACAAGCUCUUCUCCGCCCUUGUGGAUUACCAAGAUGUCUAUAAGGGCAUGGCAGAAGUUGUCCUUGACAGUCCGAACCGAGAGGGCACUGCCCGAGUCGAGCUGCCGAUGGGCAAAAGCGAGGAAUUUUUCGUGGCGCCGUACCACAUUGACAGCCUCUGCCACCUUGCUGGGUUCAUCAUGAACGCCAACGAUGAGCUAGAUUCAACGAAGACUGUCUUCGUCAACCAUGGGUGGGACUCUUUGCGAUUUGCGGAGAAGCCAUUACCACACAAGACGUACUACUCAUAUGUCAGGAUGCAGCCCGCUAGCCCUGACUCAAAGGAUUAUGUAGGGGACGUCUACGUGUUCGACACCGACGGCAAGAUCAUAGGUCAGAUCGGCGGACUUGAGUUCCAAUUCCUUCCGAAACAAACUCUUGACCGAGUUCUACCCCCAGUUGGUGCUGCGAAAUCCUCUGCUCGCGUGGCUACCACGAAAGCUGCGCCUAAACCUCAAAAGGCAGUUUCGAAGCCACCACCUAGGCCAAAAGCAGCUGUCACUGCCGCGUCACCGAGCGUCAUGUCUCGGGCACUCGAUAUCAUGGCCGAGGAAAUCGGGGUCCCCGCUACCGAGCUUGCUGAUGACAACGAGCUGAGCGCCCUUGGUAUCGAUUCACUGUUGAGUCUGACGAUCUCUGGCAAGUUCCGCGAGAUACUGGAGAUCGAAGUGCCCUCAACAUUGUUCGUGGAUUGCCAGACCAUCAAGGAAGUGAAGGACUUCUUUGCGCAACACAACUCUGCAGGCCCCGGAGAGAUCGAAACCUCAUCCUCCGACUCCGCAGAGAUUUCAGGCACUACGACCCCCGCUAGUCAGGACUCUAUGACUUCUCUAUCUGAGAUUGGAGACGAAGAGCCCACUAAAGGAGGAGACGAUGUUACCGCUAUCCGAGAGGCCAUGUCAGAAGAGACUGGAGUCCCUCACUCAGAUAUUACCUCGUCGACGAAGUUGGCCGAUAUUGGGAUUGACAGUUUAAUGUCGUUACAAAUCUUGGGCUCCCUCCGCGAAGAGCAUGGGCUCGAUCUUCCCCCAACUUUCUUUGGCGAUCACCAGACCUUCGCCGACAUCGAGAAAGCCCGCGGCGGGAGCGCGAAGCCAGCACUUCCUCCACAAUCCGAAACGAUGUCUACGGAACAAAUAAUCGCAGAGGAGAUCUCUCGCUCAAAUCUCGGCCCGAACCCGCCCAGCGCCACGUCUGUACUCCUUCAAGGGUCUACAAAAACAGCGUCUCAGACGCUUUUCCUCUUUCCGGAUGGCUCAGGCUCCGCUACCAGCUACGCCACUAUCCCUCCCAUAGCUCCAGACAAUGUCGCGGUUGUGGGGCUGAACUGUCCUUUCAUGAAAACGCCAACCUCCUUCAAUUGCGGUAUCGAUGGCGUCGUAUCGCUUUACCUCAAUGAAAUCCGACGCAGGCAGCCUCACGGACCAUACGUCCUUGGUGGUUGGUCUGCGGGCGGUAUCUGCGCUUAUGAAGCAUGUAUGCAGCUUCAAGCCGUCGGGGAAACCGUGGAGAAAUUGAUCUUCUUUAACGUCCCCUGCCCCUUGCCGCCACAGGCUCUACCCUCGAGGCUCCAUCAGUUCUUUGACACGAUUGGCCUGCUUGGCCCUGAAGGGAAGGCGCCUAACUGGCUGGUACCGCAUUUCGAGUCCAGUAUUCGCAACCUGAGCGCUUACAGGCCUGCUGCCAUGGAUCCCUCAAAAGGCCCCAUCCCAAAAACUUACACCAUCAUGGCUCAGGACGGUGUCUGCAGGUUUGACACUGACCCUCGUCCAGAAAUGAGGCCGGAGGAUCCCCCCCACAUGAGAUGGCUGCUCUUCAACCGCACGGACUUUGGUCCAAUUGGAUGGGAGGCGUUGUUGGGACAAGAGAACAUUGUCUCGCUUGAGUCAAUUGCUAACGCGAACCACUUCACCAUGAUGCGCGAGCCAGGAGUCAACGAGCUGCCCGCACGUAUCAGGGAGGCCUUGAAAUAA